UCCAGACGUUUGGAGUGCACCUAACCAGAGAUCUUCCAGGUUGCCUGGAACGUUUGAUCUUCUCGGGGCAGCUACCCUGAAAUCUUCCAGCCCGACUGGAACAGCUGGUUCCCACGGCGAAAGCAAAGUUCGGCAUAAUCCAAGUCCACUGGUGUGAGCUUGCAGUGAGGUUUCUCGGCGGCGUCAAAGUCGCGUCCGCAAAAUUAAACGUUUAAUGGUCAAACAUAAAAUCAACGCCGCAUUCGGAGAGCAACUCAUCCACGAGGCGAAUCUGGCCGCACAUUAUUGGGCCAGUACCACGCCAUCGGACCCUGGCCGCGCAUUGAUAGUCCCCGUCAACUGCAAUUUGCCACCGGAUAGGCUUGCUUUACGCCGACAGGCCCAAAAUUCUCGGAUCGCUGCUUCGCCGGAUUUCCGCGAUUGCCAGUCGGUCUAUUCAGAGAUCUUCGCAUUCUUGCCCGAUCGUGAACGGGAUGCGCUCUCCCGGCACAUAAAGGAAUUAACCAUCCGUGAAGGAAGUUCAAGCCCCGAAUCGCGGAGUAACGCGCUCGGACCUGUAAGUAGUGAUACGCCGCGACCCAGGGACGGCUUGUCCUCCGUUCAGAGUCCCUCCGCCGCGGAAACUAUUGAGGAGAUUGACUCCCUUCUCCGUCUGUUCGAAAAACAGUACCCAGGUUAGGAAAUAUUAUAACACACACUUAGGUUCCAAAAACGGUAUUCCG